CAAUGGGUUGAUUCAGUGAAUAAAAAGACCUUUGACGUUAACAAUCCUUACACGGGAGAGUUACUCUAUAAGUCUGUGAAUUGUGAUACUCACGAAGCGGAGAAGGCCGUAGCUGCUGCUAGGGAGUCGUUUGAGAAGUGGUCACGCGAAACCACAGCUAAACAACGUGGUGCUGUACUGAGAAAAUGGUAUGACAUAUUUGUAGAGAAGGAACACCAGCUCUCUCAACUUCUCACACUUGAACAGGGAAAACCUCUAGUAGAAGCACGAGGAGAAAUAAACUACUCUGCAGCAUUUUUCGAUUGGUAUGCAGGAGAAGCAAGAAGGAUAUAUGGACAGGUUGUCAGUCCAGCUGUUUUGAACAGAGAGCAUAUCCAUAUCAGGGAACCUGUCGGCGUAGCAGUCCUUAUUACACCAUGGAACUUUCCUACAGCAAUGAUCGCUCGCAAAGCCGGAGCAGCUUUGGCUGCUGGUUGUACGCUUGUUGUAAAACCAGCGGAAGAUACACCUCUCAGUGCUCUCGCUUUAGCACAGACAUCUGAGGAAGCUGGAUUACCUGCUGGAGUCUUUAAUGUGAUACCGGCGGAUCGUAAGAACACUGCGAAAAUAUCAAAAUAUCUAUGUGAAAACACUGAUCUCCUACUAGCUCAGUCAGCUUCAACGGUUAAACGAGUUUGUCUGGAACUGGGUGGCAAUGCACCUUUUCUGGUUUUCGACACAGCUGAUCUAGAUCUAGCAGUUAAGGGUGCAAUGGCAUCAAAAUUUCGUUGUUCUGGCCAAACAUGUGUAGCAGCGAAUCGUUUCUUUGUACACGAAAAGGUGCACGACGAUUUCGUGACGAAAAUUGUCUCAGCGAUGAAACUUUUAGUUGUUGGAGACGGAAUGGACCCUAAAACAACUAUUGGACCUCUGAUCAAUGAUAGUGCUGUCAAAAAGAUUAACGAGUUGCUAAAGGAUGCUAUAGCAAAGGGAGCACGCGUGCUUCUAGGUGGUAAGCGAGGAAGUGGCUCAUGUUUCCAACCGACGUUGAUUACAGGUGUUACCGACCAGAUGUGUAUUGCACACAGUGAGAUUUUCGGCCCAGUGGUUGCAGUUCAAAAAUUUUCGAGUGAGACGUCAGUGCUGAAUAUGGCAAAUAAUACUCGAUCUGGUCUCGCGGGUUAUGUGUUUAGCGGAGACUCUGCCCAAAUAUAUAGGGUAACUCGCCGUCUCCAAGUUGGAAUGAUUGGUGUUAACGAAGGUUUGAUGUCAAGUGCAGAAGCUGCGUUUGGUGGUGUAAAAGAGAGCGGUCUUGGUAGAGAAGGAUCAGCACAAGGAAUUGAUGAGUUUACGCAGUGGAAGUAUAUUUGCACUCAGCAUUGA